UGGUGAUUCCUGCUGGUGGAUUAGAGAAAAGCAGCAGAUCCUCCACCAGCGCUGCUUUACCCACUACAGCGGAGAUCCGGCAUGUCCAGGGCCGAGUCCAGGGCUCUCUGAAGCGGGCAGCAGCAGGGGGCUUGGGGAUGGGCCGACGACAAUGCUAGCUCUACCAUGGGCAGUAUCACUCUGCGCUACUUCUGCUAUGGAUGUCUCUUCACGUCUGUGACCUGGUCCAUCCUGCUCUUCCUCUACUUCAGCCUCAGUCAGGAGAACCGCCUGUCCCUCAGCUAUGUGCCCGUCCAGGGGGGGCAGCACCGCUUCCAGCCUCGCUUCACCCACCGCCCGGGCAUUCUCAACAGGGGCGCCGAGCACGGCCGCAGGGGCCACGGAGCCAACGACCCCCGAAAACCUGACCUCUCUCCUGAGAUGGGUAUGAUUUUUAAUGAGAAGGAUCAGGAGGUGAGAGAUAUGGGCUACCACAGGCAUGCCUUCAAUGUUCUUAUCAGCAACCGGCUCGGAUACCACAGAGACCUGCCCGACACCAGAAACGACAAGUGCAAAGAUAAGAACUAUCCGCUGGCACUGCCCACAGCCAGCGUAGUGAUCUGCUUCUUUAACGAGGCGUUCUCGGCCCUGCUGAGGACUGUUCACAGUGUUCUGGAUCGUACCCCAGGGUACCUCCUGCACGAGAUCAUCCUGGUGGAUGACCACAGUGAGCUAGAGGACCUGAAGGAGGACCUGGACGUGUACAUGCAGAAGAACCUGCCGGGAAAGGUGAAGUUGGUGAGGAAUGAGAAGAGAGAAGGGCUGAUCCGGGGACGGAUGAUUGGAGCAUCUCACACUACAGGUGAGGUCCUGGUGUUUCUGGACAGCCACUGUGAGGUGAAUGAAGCGUGGCUGCAGCCCCUGCUUACGCCCAUCAAGGAGAAUCGUCACACCGUGGUGUGUCCUGUCAUCGACAUCAUCAGCGCAGACACGCUGGUCUACAGUCCCUCCCCCAUCGUCCGGGGGGGCUUCAACUGGGGCCUGCACUUUAAAUGGGACCCAGUUCCUAUGUCUGAACUCAACAACCCCAGUGGAGCUAUCAGGUCUCCUACGAUGGCUGGCGGCCUGUUUGCUAUGGACAGGAAGUACUUCAAUGAGCUGGGACAGUAUGACAGCGGCAUGGACAUCUGGGGAGGAGAAAAUCUGGAGAUUUCUUUCCGGAUCUGGAUGUGUGGAGGUCAGCUCCUAAUCAUUCCCUGCUCCAGAGUGGGCCACAUCUUCCGCAAGCGACGACCCUACGGCUCACCUGGGGGGCAGGACACCAUGGCCCACAAUUCCCUCCGUCUGGCACACGUCUGGAUGGACGAGUACAAGGAGCAGUAUUUUGCUCUGCGUCCUGAGCUGAGGAACAGGGACUUUGGAGACAUCAGUGAGCGUCUGGCGGUCCGGGAGCGUCUGCAGUGUCACUCCUUUAAAUGGUACCUGGAGAACAUUUACCCAGAGAUGCAGAUCUCCUCACCGCAGAACAAACCCCAGCAGCCCGUCUUCAUGAACCGCGGCGUCAAGAGACCCAAAGUGCUGCAGCGUGGGCGGCUGCGUAAUCUUUCAUCUGAUAAGUGUCUGGUGGCACAAGGUCGUCCCAGCCAGAAGGGCGGCACUGUUGUGGUGAGACCCUGCGAUGCUCAGGAUCCUGAACAGGAGUGGGCCUAUGAUGAGGAGCAUGAGCUGAUCCUGGCAGGUCUGCUGUGUUUGGACAUGUCAGAGAUCCGCUCUUCAGACCCUCCUCGUCUCAUGAAGUGUCACGGCUCUGGAGGAUCUCAGCAGUGGUCUCUCGGGAAGAAUAACCGGCUCUACCAGGUGUCAGUGGGUCAGUGUCUCUCGGUGGUGGAUCCUCUCAGCCAUAAGGGAUAUGUUGCAAUGGCGAUCUGUGACGGCUCGGAGUCUCAGCAGUGGCAGCUGGAGAGUUGAUCCCGCAGUCUUUGGGUGUUUUGAGCUCAGACCACUCCCUGCUCUCUGCGGAGGGAACUAUAUGUGGUAUAAAACACGCUGGUAAGGACUAUUACUACUACCGGACCAGAAAACACACACACACAAAGCCUGGAUCCUGGUGGCUUCAGCAGGUGAAUGCAGAUGCCGAGUCUCUGACGGCCUUAAUAGAUCUCUGGAUACGGGAAAUAUGAGAGUAAUAUGAGUGUAAUUUUUAAUCGCAUCUGUUAGCAUCUGCUAAUCAUGGAGGUGAAAAUGAAAGUGCCCGGUAUGCUCAGACAUACAACACAUCAGUAAAUAUUCUCAUUUCUUUUUUUAUUUAGGAUUUUCCGUGUUUAAUCUGAAGUUAAACCCGUUUGCACAGUGAUCCUGCAGAGAGAUAAUUCAGAGAGGGGCUUUUAUUUCAGCCCUGUUGUAAAUUUAGAUGUUACCGAACAGUGUCAGCUGUCAGUAUUACAGUAUUAGGAUCGUCAAUUUUUUUUUUUUAGUUUAUUCCUCUUUUGAAAUUCGUUUAAAUCAUGCAACCUUAUGCUUUUGCUUAAGGAAUCGUAUUACUGUGGAAUUAGAACAAAGACAGUUCUCGCUUAACCUGUAUUAGCAAAUGUGUUUAUUUCUAAUCACCGUUUUUUUUUUUUUUUUUUUUUUUUUUUUUUAGGUUUUCACCAACAUGCUAUAGAGCUGCUAUAGAAGAGCUUUACUCAUUCGUUCUAAUGUUAAAUAACACGCGUCUCAGACCUGCAGCCUGUCCACGAGCGUUCAGACACAGGCGAAUGUUAGUUUAACAGUGUUGAAUGGUGUGAAUUUCCGGUUAGUCAUUUCUUAAAUGUAAAAACAGUCUGACGGCCAGUCUGCUGUGAAUGUACGCUGUUCAUGAAUAUGGAGUGCAGUUACCUGUUUCCUGGUUCCUCUGUUCAUUUCUGCUCUUUUCUUAAUGAUGGUACCAAAUAAUAAUAAUAAUAAUGAUGAUGAUUUCAAUAAAAACUUUUCACUACAGAGUAAA